GUGACGCAGUUAUUUUUCUGCUGCGCGAGGAACGUCAGCUGAAGGUGAAUGUAGAAAAGUGUGUGUGAAUUGAUGUGGAGGUGAAUUCAGCAGCAUGGAUCAGUGUGAGGACAGAGAGGAGGGAGUCCCCCCCUCUAAAACCUCUCUGGGUCAGGAACGUGAGAGCCAGAGCAAAGCUCAAGGGAAAACAAGUAAACAGAAAUAUGAACCUGAACCCAGCUGUGUGUCUUUUAAGAGCGACACGUCAAAGGAUAUUAUCGUUCAGUUUAAAUCGGAUCAACCUCCGACAGAGAGAACUGCCGACCAAAGCUCAGAAGGUCCCAGUGUUGAGUCUGUCCUGAUGCAUCAAAGGGGGCUGGACUUGAUAUUUACGGAGCUGCGGAACAACAUCAGGACUUUCGUGGAUAAAGAGCUGGAAAAAUUACAGAUGUCUCUGAGUUCAGAUUUUCCAGAAUGCUCUGAGAGUCACCGGGAGGAUGACGAGGAGUUGGAGUGUGAAGACAAAGAGCAGCAGAGAUUCGUCAAAGAGGCAUUUUUGAAUAUUGCUGUGAACUUCAUGAGAAGAAUGAAGCAGGGGGAGCUGGCUGACUGUCUAAUGAGCAGAUCUCCUGUCAUGUGCCAGAGUAAACUCAAAUCCAACAUGAAAACAAAGUUUCAAUGUAUGUUUGAGGGGAUCCCUAAAGCAGGAAACCCAACCCUUCUGAAUCAGAUCUACACAGAGCUCUACAUCACAGAGGGAGGGACUGGAGAGGUCAACGAUGAACACGAGGUCAGACAGAUCGAAGCAGCAUUCAGAAAACCACACAGACCAGAAACAGCAAUCAGACAAGAAGACAUCUUUAACCCCCCACCCGAAAGGCAUGAACCAAUCAGAACAGUGAUGACGCUGGGAGUGGCUGGCAUUGGGAAAACAGUCUUAACACGAAAGUUUACUCUGGACUGGGCUGAAGACAAAGCCCACAAGAACAUCCAUUUCACAUUUCUCUUCACUUUCAGAGAGCUGAACUUGGUCAAAGACAAACAGUUCAGCUUGGUGACGCUUGUUCAUUACUUCUUCGUUGAAACCAAAGAAGCAGAACUUUGCACGUUUGAAGACUUUCAGGUUUUGUUCAUCUUGGAUGGUCUGGAUGAGUGUCGACUUCCUCUGGACUUCUGUAACACUACGAUCCUAACUGACCCUAGAAAGUCCACCUCGGUGGAUGUUCUGCUGACGAACCUUAUCAGAGGGGACCUGCUUCCCUCUGCUCGCCUCUGGAUAACCACACGACCUGCAGCAGCCAAUCAGAUCCCUCCUGUGUGUGUUUGCAUGGUGACAGAAAUCAGAGGGUUCACUGACCCACAGAAGGAAGACUACUUUAAAAAAAAGUUCAUAGAAGAGAAGCAGGCCAACACAAUCAUCUCCCACGUGAAACAGUCACAAAGCCUUUGCAUCAUGUGCCGAAUUCCCGUUUUCUGCUGGAUCACUGCAACAGUUUUGGGGGAUGAGUUCAAAUUCAAAGAUGAAGAAAGGCUACCAAGUACCUUGACUCAGAUGUAUACUCACUUCUUGGUGGUUCAAACUAAAAUAAAGAAGGUCAAGUAUGACAAAGGAUCUGAGACAGACCCACUUUGGAGUCCAGUGAACAAGACGAUGAUCGAGUCUCUGGGGAAACUGGCUUUUGAGCAGCUGCAGAAAGGAAACCUGAUCUUCUACGAAUCAGACCUGACUGAGUGUGGCUUUGAUAUCAGAGCAGCCUCGGUGGACUCAGGAGUGUUCACACAGAUCUUUAAAGAGGAGAGAGGGCUGUACCAGGACAAGGUGUUCUUCUUUGUCCAUCUGAGUGUUCAAGAGUUUUUGGCUGCUCUUUAUGUCCAUCUGACUUUCAUUAACUCCAAAGUCAAUUUGCUUGAAGAAGAAACAAUUCCCCAGGAAACUGAAAUAGGAGAAGAUAAAGAUACAGAGAAGACAUUUUACCAAAGUGCUGUGGACAAGGCUUUAAGGAGUCCAAAUGGACACAUGGACUUGUUCCUUCGCUUCUUCCUGGGUCUUUCAUUGAAAACCAAUCAGGAACUCCUUCAAGGUCUUCUGAAACAGACAAGUACCUCACAGACCAAUCAGGAAAUAGUCCAAUACAUCAAGGAGAAGUUCAGUGGAGACUUGUCUGCUGACAAAAUCAUCAAUCUGUUCCACUGUCUGAAUGAACUGAAUGAGUCUUCUUUAGUGGAGGAGAUCCAAACAGUCCACAGUUCGGGAAGCCUGACCACAGAUCAACUGUCUGCUGCUCAGUGGUCAGCUCUGGUCUUCUUCUUACUGUCAUCAAAAAAAGACCUGGACGUGUUUGACCUGAAGAAGUAUUUUAAUUCCGAGAAGGCUCUUUUGAGAUUACGAUUAGUUGUUGAGUCAUCCAACAAAACUUUAUUAAGUGUCUGUAAUCUUUCAGAGAUAAGCUGUGAAGUCCUGUCCUCAGUUCUCAGUUCCCAGUCUUCUUGUCUGAGAGAGUUGGACCUGAGUAACAAUGACCUUCAAGAUUCAGGAGUGGAACUUCUGUCUAAAGGACUAAAGGAAAAACAUUGUGUCCUGGAAACUCUAGGCCUGUCAGGGUGUCUGAUCACCAAGGGAGGCUGUGCUUCUCUAGUGUCAGCUUUGAGAUCCAACCCCACUCCUCUAAAAGAGCUGGACCUGAGCUACAAUCACCCAGGAGAGGAAGGAAUGAUGACUCUGUCUGCGCCAGAUGAACCCUGGAAACCGUACUCACUCAGGGUGGAGCCUGCCGGAGCCCAGUGGUUGACUCCAGGUCUGAAGAAGUAUUCCUGCCGGCUCACAAUCGACACAAACACAGUGAAUAGGAAACUCCAACUGUCUGACAACAACAGGAAGGUAAUGUGUGUGGAGGAGGAUCAAUUGUAUCCAGAUCAUCCAGACAGAUUCGACUUCUGGCCUGAGGUGAUGUGUAAAGAAAGUCUGCCCGAUCGCUGUUUCUGGGAGGUUCAGUGGAAAGGGAAGGUGGAGAUAUCGGUGACUUACAAAGACGUCCGACGUAAAGGCAACAGCAACGACUGCGAGUUUGGGUUUAACGACAUCUCCUGGAGUCUGAGCUGUUCUGAUGAAGGCCGCUACUCUGUCUGCCACAACAACAAACGAGAAUUCAUCUCCUCCUCCUCCUCUUCUUCCGCUUCUUGCCACCGACUGGGCGUGUAUGUGGACUGUCCUUCUGGCACUCUGUCCUUCUACAGAACCUCCUCUGCAACGCCGAUCCACCUCCACACCUUGACGACCAAUUUUACUGAACCUCUUUACCCUGGAUUUGGAUUCUGGCCGGGUUCUUCCGUCACUCUGUGCUGAGUCUCUUCCCGUCUGAUGCACAUACCAAAUGUUGCCUCAGCGGUUGUGAUUGAAACGAGAGCUAUCGCCAUCGUUGACGCGAUAAACCAGCUGAGCAGAAGAUCAGCUGGAAACACAAGGUCGAGCAUUUAA